UUCACGAUAUCGUAUAUAAAGGGGACGCUAGAUCCAGGAAUCACAAUCUUAGACAAAUCGUCAAAAGAGAAACAAGUGCCUUCAAGUGAAAAAAGAAAUAAUCAGACAGCAAAAAUGCCUUUCGCUGUAAGAACCAGAGCUGACGAUGGCGACAAACAUACCUCCGAUGUCAACGCUCUCAUAUUUGCUAAUAAUAAGUUGUACAGUGGAGCAAAUGAUGGAAAAAUCAAGGUUUGGGAAGAAGAUUUGAAAUUGGGAGGUCAAGUAGAUGCCCACACGGCCGUAUAUUCAUUGGCUGCGAGCAAUGACACCCUUUAUUCCUGUUCUAACGAUGGUUUCAUCAAAGCCUGGUUACUGGAUUCCUUAAAGGAGAAAGGAACCAUAUACAAGGGUGAAGAUGAAUUCUGGAAGUUGGUCUACGUUGAUGGAACCCUUUAUGCUGGUGACAGUCAAGGGCAGAUCAGGUUUUUCCAAAACGAUAAGAUAGUAAACAAUCUUGGAGUUUUGGAAGGAGUUAGUGGUCUUGGUGUGCAAGGAAACCUGUUGUUCUCCGUCAAGGAAUUGGACGUUGUAGUUACUGAGUUCAUUCCAGGACAUCAAGGCCAAUUCACCACUGAAACAACAAUUAUGGGCAGAGCUCCACUCAUUGUUGAAGAUGGAAAGUUUGCAUUUGUUAGCCGAAGCGGUCGCGACCUCUUGGUCCACAACGCGUGCAAGAAAUCUGGAUUCAACCUAAUAGCUGAAGUCAAGGAUGCCCAUGAGAAGAUCAUUAACGCAUUGGUGGCUGUAAAGGACGGAAGUGACUUGCUUUUGUACACCGGUGGAUGGGACAAGACUGUCAAACAGUGGAAACUUUCAGGCAAAAACUUGAGCCUCGUCAACCAAUGCAAUGCGGACUUCGUAGUCAACGUUUUGGCCGCAGGACCCAAAGGCGAGAUCUACGCCGGAGGUAGCGACGGCCACAUUCUUCGCAUUGACGUUUAAAAACUUUCUCGUCAUCGAACUCAUCAUCAAUCAUCAUUUUUUAUACCAUAUUCAUUUCAUUUUUAAGUUUUUGUAAAAUUGUUCUUCAUCAUUGUGAUAAAAAAAAACCUAAUCUAAUGUAUUGUAGAUAUGAGUAUUAAGGCUCUUAUGUUGUUAAUAGAAAAGUUGAUUUUGAAUAGAUAAUAUAGAAAAACCAAAGAACACCAAGCAGCAAAUAGAACUCAUCUUGUAAAAGACAUUUUUAAAUAGUGACAAUAAGUUUUUAGUUUGUAAGAAUGAAUUACAAUGACAGUUUGUAUAAUCAUGGUAUUCAAUAAAUUGAGAAUCAAUA